GCGCGCCUAAAUUUUUGCGUCAUUUCAAGUUGUUCGUUGUUAGUUGGUGUGUGAAAAGUGCUGUGAGACGCCAUUUUGAAAAAGUAAUUUUGUUCGUCGUUGGAACUGGGAAGACCAUAUUUCGUCCACGAUUUAUUAUAUUCAGGUGUGUUUUUAUAUAAAAUUGCAAUCAAUUUAAUUUUUUGAAGAGAUUUUGUCAAAAUGGGUGUGGUAACAAAAGCCCAUAUUCACGAGUAUAACAUGUUCAAGAACAAAGACUUAUCCGAUUGGAUAGCUCUUAUCAAAGUAAAGAAGUUGAAUUUUAAAUGCCAAAGACGAAAAAAUCUCUUCAUCGAAGCUGUUUUAAACAAAGCACUUACGUCAGCUGAAUCGGAACUACGUCAGAAACAACAAGAAAGGAGGCAGAGGUGGCAGAAUUUAAAAUCCGAGUUAGGUUUAAAUCGAAAUGAAAGCUGUGAUAGACCCUGGCCCACGCAAUCCUGCGAUGAAUUAGAAAAAGAUAUUGAUAGUUUUUUGUCUAAGUUAAAAGUAGUAAAUUCUCAUAUUCAGCGAUGAUUUUUUAUACUUUUUUAUUUGUAUUUUUUGCUCAAGACUUAUUGUGAAUUUUGUAACUGUGAUAUUAUGUAUAAUUUUUUUAUUACAGUCACCUCUGGGCGACAACCCCAUCACCGAGCCAAGAAAGUCUUCUGAUUGGUUUGUAAAAAUUGUAUCAAUUUUUUAUUUGACUUAUAUAACUUGUAUAUAACGUGAUAUUAGUAAUAAAAACCAUAAUUUAAAAGAAA